AGAAAAAUGGCCUCAAGCAAGCCUUUGCGCAUCUCUACCCUCGGUUUGAGGGUCUUCGUGCUCCUUUUCUGCUUGGCUUCCCUCAUCAUCAUCGCCACAGACAGCGCCGAGUUUCCUGAUCCAGACAGCGACACUGGCGAAUUAAAAAAGACAACCUUCAAAGACGUGAUCGCCUACAGAUACCUCUUCUCUGUGGCGAUUAUUGGAAUCGCGUACUCGCUCAUGCAGAUUCCUCUGGCAGCGCUGAGCAUCACCAAAGGGAGCAGUUUGGUCACAAAGAGGAUUCUGCCUUGGUACAUCUUCACUGACGUGGUGAUGGGCCUGCUGGUCGCCACCGGUGUCGGCGCAGGAUUCGGGCUGACGGUGGAUCUCAAGAGGAACUUGGACAAACAGUUUCGAGAGGCAGGCGUGCAGGACCUGGAAGUCGCGAAGAACAUCGACAAGGCCUUGGACUUGGCGCAUGCUUCCACGGGCUUCCUGCUCGCGGCCACCGCCUGCAUGGCCGUCAUAGUUCUCCUCUCAGCUCUCGUCUUGGCCAAAAAGUAGUAAAAACGCGACUUUUAAUUUCACCGCGGAAUCAAAAAGACGCAGAUAUAAUAAUGGGAAUUGCAUUAAUUAAUUAUUCAUAUUUCAUCGUGUAUGUUUGUCGGUUUAAUUUCAUCAAAACAAGGCACAAUAUACAAUAUUUUCCAGUUAGUCCUGGACGAAUUUCCUGUGGAACAGCCAUUGGGU